UGAGGGGGUGUGACCCACCUAAACAGACGAAACAACCGGUCCAAGGUCAACUUCUUCUCUUUACCCUUAGCCUCUAUUAGCUAUCACCAACCCAGAAAUUAUACAUAUAUUGCAUUAAAAGUAUAUGAGUAUAAGAAAUAAUAUAUAUUGCAUAUAUGUGUGUGUGUGUGCGCGCGCUUCUUCUUCUGGGUCUGAGCUCUCUCUCUCUCUCUCUCUCUCUCUGGAAGGUAGAAGUUGUAGAACCUGCUAAUUGAAGAGAGAGAUCUUAAUUUUAUUUGGGGGAAUGAGGAAGCCGUGCUGUGAUAAACAAGGGACCAACAAGGGUGCAUGGUCCAAGCAAGAAGAUCAGAAGCUCAUUGACUACAUAAGAUCCCAUGGGGAAGGCUCUUGGCGCUCCCUUCCUAAGGCUGCAGGACUGCAUCGUUGUGGGAAAAGUUGUAGGCUGAGAUGGAUAAACUACCUAAGACCAGACAUUAAGAGGGGAAACUUUGCACAAGACGAAGAAGAUCUCAUUAUCAAGCUCCACGCCCUCCUUGGCAACCGGUGGUCGCUGAUAGCUGGUAGAUUGCCGGGAAGAACCGACAACGAGGUAAAGAACUACUGGAACUCUCACAUCAAGCGAAAGCUCAUCAGCAUGGGCAUUGAUCCAAAUAACCACCGCUUGAACCAAACCCUUCCCACUCCCUAUCCAAAUCCACCCUCUGCCUCCAUGAACGACGCAUCCCAGCCGUUGAAAUCCUGCGCGGCCGUCGACAACGAUAGGAUUUCUGACGCUGCCAGCUGCCUCGACGACGAGACGCCGGCCGCCGCGCCCCACGUUGACCUCGAUCUCACCAUUGCCGCCCCUUCUCCUAAGCCUCUCUCUACUACUGUGCAGCAGAAGCGUCAAAUCGUUGAUAAGUUGGUAAUAGCUGAGGACGUCGGGACCGACGAGCCACCUCCUACGACUCUUCUUCUGUUUAGCUAAUUGGACUGUUAUUAUUAUUUUUGUUUUAGUCGUUAGUUAUCAUCUUAAUUAAUUAUUGUAAAACAUCAAGACAAGGUGAAAAAAUAAGUGAGAAGCAUUUAUUUA